UGUUAGACAAGAUCUAAUUAAACUUGCAGAUCAAUAUUCCGAAUCAGCACUUGAUAAGCAUGCGAGAGAUGUUGUGGCAGUAAUUAAACAAAAUUUUAUUCAACGUUCUAUAUUUAAAUACCAUGAAUGA